AUGGCACCUCCAGUCACACCGUCACCACAUCGAUUUCUUCUUGCAAAAACGAACACGACCUCUACCCAACAGACUCCCUCUCCGUCACCCUCUCAGUUUAACUCAGCACCACGGUUUAAUGUGCCGUCAAUAUCCGCUCGACCUGUACUGCAAGAUUGUCCGCAAACCAUCCCGCCACCAUUGCGCCACUCCAUCUUUGCUGGGAGUAUCGCAAAAGAUUAUGAUUCUAUCGAAUUAGAUGCUAAAAACAGGUCUCAACAGAGUUACUCAAAGGCAAGAUUUACUAGAUUAUUCUCGCGCCAAGAUGAAGAAAAAAUAAAUGAGUCCUCGCCUAAAAGAAAGAAAUUAUUACUUCCUUCAGAGUUGGAAGGUAAAGAGAACGAAAGUGUAGUAGAUGAAAUUCAAGACAUAUCAAAUCAUCUUGUCAGUAACGUUAAUUCAUCGCUACCACUUCAUCCAUUCACGCCAAAAUCUCAAGCUAUGGCACGUAUCUCUCGAUUCAAGAAUACCCCUACGUUUAAUUCUGUAACCUCUUCCGAAACUCAAGACGCUGGCUCAAGCUUUAUAAAACCACCUAUAUUCCGACCAUCUGAGUCUGUACCAGAACACUACUGCUCAACAAUUGACCCCCAGCUAAUCCAGUUCUCUCCGCACAGGCGUGGACAUAAAUAUAUAUCUGGAGGCCUUGCAGCUACACUCCAGGGCUGGCUUCUAAAUAUUGAAAAUCACAAACCAAGCCAGCCCGGUGGAAUCUCACCGAUGCUUAUGAAUGUAAUCGUCGAUGAUUUUAUCUAUGGUGGGAUAACUGGAAUGAUCUUGAUCAGUGGGAAUACUUCGCUAAGGGAGGGAGAAGUAUCAAAGGAGGUUCCAAGCAAGGUUAAGCUUUUGUUGGCUGGAAAAGGCACAGGAACUGAAUCUCAAAGUUAUAGACAAAUUGUAAAGGGAUCUACCAUUGGCAUAAGAGCACCAACCUGGCAAAUGAAUAUCAAGGAAGAGAAAUGGAACAUUGCAGUUGAAUGGGUAAUUGUUCUUUGA